AUGUAUCAACCAUUGGAAAAGGAAAAUUUAUUUACCAAAUAUAUUCGAAUUGCCGUGGUUGUAGCUGCAUACUGGAUUAUAUCUAUUCUAACAGUUUUUGUGAAUAAAGCACUUCUGAGCGGACUCAAACUCGAUGCCCCCUUGUUCGUGACGUGGUUCCAAGUGUUAACUUCAUCGUCAAUAUGUUUCACGAUGAGCGUCUUGGGCAAGCGGUUUCCACGCACCUUCAGCUUUCCCGAAGGAAACCCGUUUGAUAAGGACACAUUCCGCAAGGUAGUUCCGUUGUCAAUUCUUUUUACGGCAAUGAUAGCAACGAACAACCUGUGCCUAAAAUACGUCGGUGUGGCUUUUUACUACGUUGGCAGAUCACUGACAACAGUGUUUAACGUAAUGUUAACGUACGCUUUGCUGGGGCAAAAGACGAGCCAAAAGGCGAUCCUAUGCUGUGUAUUGAUUGUAGUUGGUUUUUGGAUUGGCGUUGAUCAAGAAAGUCUUACCGAGUCAUUUUCCCUUAUCGGUACAAUAUUCGGCGUCCUAGGGUCGUUAAGUCUCUCAUUGUACUCUAUAUACACCAAACGCACCUUACAACACGUGAACCAGGAGGUAUGGUUGCUUAGCUACUACAACAACGUCUACUCCGCGGUGCUUUUCAUUCCGCUUAUGAUCAUAAACGGUGAAGUAAGAGAGGUGCUAAAUUACCAGAAUCUGUCAGCCCCAUGGUUUUGGGGCGUCAUGACUAUUGGGGGAGUUUGUGGUUUCGCUAUUGGGUUCGUGACCACGUUGCAGAUAAAGGUGACUUCGCCGUUAACGCAUAACAUUUCAGGAACGGCUAAGGCAUGCGCGCAAACCAUCAUUGCCACAUCGUGGUAUCAAGAAACCAAAUCAUUCCUCUGGUGGACGUCGAACGUUGUCGUUCUGCUUGGUUCCGCAUUCUACACACGCGUCAAGCAGGUCGAAAUGGACCAGAUGCAUCGGGAGCAAAUGAAUAGUCAAAAAGUUUGA